UAAAAAAAAAUCAUAACUUAGUUAGACUCUCGAAAACCAUUUCUUCUUACUGAAUGAUUUGAUUAUAGGGACAGUAUCAAAGGACUGCGAGUUAAAAAGGACAUUAUGACAAAGGAAUCCUGCUUUAUCUUCUUAUGCUCAAUUUUAACGGUUACAAUAAAACAUUCGCUACAACUGAUGAAUUCGAACUCUCAUAUAUCAACUAAUUGCGAUAACAUAUGGAAUUUAAUCGACGGAAGCAUCGAUAAGUAUUCGCACAUAUAUAAUGGUUCUACAUCGUUUAACUAUACGACAGGACAUAUUUUAGUGGCCAAGAGCCUUUUAGAGAUAUCCGAAAUUGAAAAAAAACUGAAAGCUUGCGAGAAUCAAUUUUAUGAAAAGUGGCGUUAUCGAAGUGCUAGCGAUGAGAGCAUUGAAAAUUAUAAGUUUAAAAGGAAGAGAAGACACAUUUCAAACCAAAACGCGAUUACAAAUACGAAAAAACGCCGAAAUAAAGCUAGAUCUUCGGGAAGAAGAUCGCGGGAUCUCAGAGCUCCUCUAGCCCAUAAAACGUUAGAAGUAAUUGUGGCCGCAGAUUUAACUGUUCAACACUUUCACGGAAAAGAUUUCGUUCAUUCCUACCUCUUAUUCUUGAUGAAAAUGGUGAAUCAAAUAUUCAACGACAAAAGUAUGAUAAUCAGGAUAAACGUAGUUGUAAAGGAAAUUUUCUUGCUAGAAGAAUCCCUGGGAUAUUUGAUCCAUCAAUCAAGACCCAGGGAGAGUAUCCAAGAUGUGUGCAUGAAAAUAAAUUCCGUGUACGCUAUGAGGAAAGGGCAUAGGCCGGUUUACGAUGCGGCGAUUUUUAUAACGAGAGAUGAUUUUGGACCGGCUGGCUUGGCUCCACUGGCAAGUCUUUGCGAUUCAUCCUUUAAGUGCACGAUCAAUAAAGAUAGCGGAUUUUCUUCGGCCAUCGUUAUAGCUCACGAGAUCGCACACGUAUUGGGAUUGGGACAUGACGGCAUCGAUAAUAGUUGCUAUUCGAUCAACACCAUAAUGACCCCAUUUUUGAGUGCAAGUUUUGGAGAAUUUCACUGGUCUGAAUGCAGUAUACGAGGAAUGCAUGAAUUAUUAAACUCGUUUCAUUGUUUGAAAGAUGCCACUGCUAAUCGCGAGCAUUACGAGUAUUUCUCCUUAACUGAAUUAGGUAAACGGUACGAUCCUACCAAUCAAUGUCAAUUAGAGUUUGGAAAAGAAUUCGAGCAUUGUAGAAUGAGGCAUAAGAUCAUCCCUGUAUCUUGUGACAGGUUGUGGUGCAGUCACAUUCAUAUCCCGGGUAUAUGCCGUACAAAAGGAUUUUCACCUUUAGCUGGUUCAACAUGUGGACAUCAAAUGUGGUGUCAAAGAAGGGAAUGCACAACGGAUACUUGGGCUAUUGAAAGACAGCACAUUCAAGAAAGGGUUAUGGAAGUUAAAGGCAUAAUGCCACCAGAAGAAACUAUUUCGAAUUCCAUUAUUACCAAAAGCGAAUAUAAACAAUCAGAAAUAAAUAAGAUCUCUCUUUACAACAAAUCAAAACACGAUGCCGGCAGGUCACAAUAUCUUACAUUUGAUCAAAAUUUACAAAGAAAUACAUGGCUAUGGGGUGAAUGGAGUGCAUGUCCAAUCAAUGAGCAUCACGAUCCUUGUUUCAGUUAUUUGGCACAUAGGAAAAUAGUAUGCAAUAAAAGUAAAGCGUGCCCUGCUCCUAACGAUGAACAGUCUAAUCUAUUUAAAUUAUGCACUUCUCCUCAAAGAAUGGAAAACUUUAUAGUCCCUUGCUUGUCUGAUAAGCUUAGUAUCAAUCCUAGUCGAAACAGAAACACGCGAUUUUCUAAUCACCUGGAAAAAAUUGCUUACAGCUGUUCUAAAAUUGAGCGUUCCCCGGAAAAUUCUUGCAAAUUAAUAUGCAAUCAUCGCGGCAUUGAUGCUCCUGAUGGCUUUAUUUGUAGUUCGAAUGGGAAAUCAAACAACUACGAUUCUGAUGAUCUUCGCAUUUGCCUUAGAGGGAAAUGUCAACCCAUUGGUUGUGAUGGUGUAGUUGGUUCUAAGAUAACAAAAGACUCCUGUGGUAUAUGUGGAGGGAUAAGUAAUGAUUGUAAGAAAUUCAAGAGAAUUCUUUAUGUUUCCUCAAAAAUAACAGGUUAUAGAACUUUGCUAAAAAUACCUCAAUUAUCUACUAAUAUAAAGAUCUCAUUCGUCAAGCACUCAAAUACAUUGGCCUUAAGGAAUGAAUUGGCUUCUAAAAUAAUACCUCAGAAAUUCACUAAAUCACUUAGCGUGAAAUUAGGACAGGAUAUUUUCGAUAUGCAAUCUAUUAGCCCUGAUAUCGUUAUGACAACUAGUCAUGGUCCCUUAUACAACAAUCUAAUGUUAUACUUAGUCGUAAUGAAUCCCAAAGAAAAGGUCAGAAUUUCUGUGGAAUAUUAUACAAAGACUACUAGUCCAGUGGCACACGAAAUCACAACCACUUCUUUACAUAGGAAUCAUGGGAAUUAUAAUAAUUAUUUAUAUAAUAGUAAUAAUAAUCAAAAUACUUCCCGGUCAAAAUCAAUGCAGGACAACAAUAAUGAUAUUUCGAAUAAUGAUAUAUUACAUCGAAAUAAGUUAGGUAUAAAGUUUAGCUGGAUAUUGGUGUCAUGGACCCCAUGCAAGCCUGGAUGUCAUAAAGAUUAUUCUAAAGCUAUUGUAUCAUGUGUAAACAUAUCAAAUAAUGAGAAAGUAGCUCAUGAAAACUGCCGUCAUAUCCCUAUUCUAGAGCCACGUUAUAAAUUAUGCGUUGAAAAUUGUUAACCAAAAGCUGGAAAAUAUUUUCUUUUUAAAAUCAUUUUUGUCUUGACUUUUUUAUACAUGGGAUCUCAUUAUAAAUAUUUCCACAUAACAUGCUUUUCGGUCAA